UCGCGCCGGUUCCAGCCUUUUCCUCGGCGGCUCCGGGAUCGGCGCCGCUCGCGUCCCGGCCAGCCCGGAGUCCCUCGGGGAAGGUUUUGCUGUGGUAUAUUUUGUCAUUAUGAGAUGUCGUCUACCAGUGCUUCAUUUGUGCAAAUUAGAUUUGAUGACUUGCAGUUUUUUGAGAACUGCGGUGGAGGGAGUUUCGGCAGUGUCUACCGAGCCCGAUGGAUUUCUCAGGACAAGGAGGUGGCUGUAAAGAAACUACUCAAAAUAGAAAAAGAGGCAGAAAUUCUCAGUGUGCUCAGUCACAAAAACAUCAUCCAGUUCUAUGGAGCUGUCAUUGAACCUCCAAAUUAUGGCAUAGUUACAGAGUAUGCUUCUGCUGGCUCACUGUUUGAUUACAUUAAUAGUAACAAAAGUGAAGAAAUGGAUAUGGAUCAUAUCAUGACCUGGGCAACUGAUAUAGCUAAAGGAAUGCACUAUUUACACAUGGAAGCUCCAGUCAAAGUAAUCCACAGGGAUCUGAAGUCCAGGAAUGUUGUUAUAGCUGCUGAUGGUGUUUUAAAGAUCUGUGAUUUUGGUGCCUCAAGGUUCCACUCCCAUACAACACACAUGUCAUUAGUGGGCACUUUUCCGUGGAUGGCCCCAGAAGUUAUCCAAAGUCUCCCAGUGUCUGAAACGUGUGACACAUACUCGUACGGAGUGGUUCUCUGGGAGAUGCUAACAAGGGAGGUCCCCUUUAAAGGCUUGGAAGGAUUACAAGUAGCUUGGCUUGUAGUGGAAAAAAACGAGAGAUUAACCAUUCCAAGCAGUUGUCCCAGAAGUUUUGCAGAACUGAUGCACCAAUGUUGGGAUGCUGAUUCAAAGAAAAGGCCAUCUUUCAAGCAGAUCAUUUCGAUCCUGGAAUCUAUGUCAAACGACAGUAACCUUCCAGACCAGUGUAACUCAUUCCUGCAUAACAAGGCGGAGUGGAGAUGUGAAAUUGAGGCAACCUUAGAGAGACUAAAGAAACUGGAGCGUGAUCUGAGCUUUAAAGAGCAGGAACUAAAGGAACGGGAGCGACGUCUGAGGAUGUGGGAGCAGAAGUUAACCGAACAGUCCAAUACUCCUUUUUUCUUACCUCUUGCUGCAAGAAUGUCUGAGGAGUCUUACUUUGAAUCUAAAACAGAGGAGUCAAACAGUGCAGAGAUGUCAUGUCAGAUCGCAGCAACAAGUAACGGGGAGGUAGCUGGCAUGAACCAAAGUCUGAAGGCCUUGAUGAUGACGGGCUUUGGGGAUAUCUUCUCUCUGAACCAAGCAGGAUCUGUCCUGCAUUCUGGAAUGCAGAUAAACAUGCAAGCCAAAAAGAAUUCUUCUAAAACCACCUCUAUGAGAAAAGGAAAGAAAAUCAACAUGGCUUUGGGUUUCAGUGAAUUCGACUGGUCAGAUGACGAUGAUGAUGAUGAUUAUUUUGAUGACACAGAUGAUAGCAGUGAAUGAAAUCAGUUAUAGAGUUAACCCUGAAAUUGGUUUUGGCAAAGCAAAACAAUAAAGUUUUAGAACAAGAAUCCUGUCAGUUUGGUCUGUUUAAAUCCUGUAAAAGAAAAGAAAAAACAAAACAAAAAAGUGAGACAUUUUCCAGGCUGAGCAUGUUUGUGUGUAGAAAGACAUGUUAUUUUUGUUUAGAUGAUGCUGACUUAUUUCUGCUUUGAUGAAAUUUGGAACUAAACUUUCCAAACUAAUUGAGAUUAUUAUUAUUUUAAGAACCAUGAUUAUAUCUAUAAUUCUUGGUGCCUGAUUACAGAAACUAUGGCUUGAUAAACUUAAGAUGUGAAAACAUUGGGGGAAACUUCAAUGCUUUUAAUGCCAUUAAUGUAAUUCAAAUUUUUCUUUUGUGUUUUUUGUCAUUUCCCUUACCCCUUUAAUUUUCAAUCAGAUGAAUAUCCUUGCACUUCCAGAUUUGCUAUUCUCUACAGUCCUUUCUUUCUUACUGUUGCAGUGAAGGAGUUUGCUGUGUUUCAAUUUUAAAGCUUUUUGCAAGGCAGCAUUGUGGGAAGUCACCAAUACGUUUGUAGGAAGAGAGGCUAGUUAAAUACACAGUUUAAAAAACUGAAUAGCAGCAGAAUCCAGAUAGUCUCUAUUAGUAGAUGAUUUGUAUAAAUGUUCUUUUUCCCUCCUCACGUGUAUGUACAUGUGUAUAUAAUUCACUCUAGCAAAGUGAACCGCAAUCAGACCUCUGCAUCUAUUAUCAGAUAUUGUGAUCUAGAAGCUAAUUUUCAGUUAUGUUGAUGUAAAUCUAGGAAGCCUCAUUAACUUUGAUGGACUUAUUCUUGUACCUGAGAGUAAAAACUGAUGGUAGUAAAUUUUGAUUCUGUUGCAUCUCCUAAACCAUUUGUGCACUCCCUGAAAGAAGGGACAAAGAGUAGCCACAAUGUCACUUCAGCUGGGGUCCUACAACUGUGGCUUGUGUGCAGUCCUCCAUGAUGGUGACAAUGUGAGGAGUAUUUACUACUCUCUGUGUUUCUGUUCUUUGCAGCUAAAUCACUUUUAAAGUAUUGCCACUGCUGUUAUGACUUACCGUAAAACUUGGUGUGUAACAAUCUGCUGCAAUAAUUGCCUGCCAGGCACUUAUGUUGAGAGCAGCGAGCACGUUCCUCCUGAUGACCCCUUUAGUGGUGAUGCGGAAGGAGGGAGGGAAACCAGUGCGAACACAAAUGCAGGUUAGAAAAGAAGAUGUUGUAAAAUAUUUGCCUGAGGAAGAAGGGAGCGUUUCAAAAGAAAAACGUUACUGCUCAGUUCAGCUGUAGUGGGAAUAAGCCAUCAAAAUUCCAAUCUCAAUUACUGGAGGGGUUUCUUUUAUGAAAACUUCUGGUUUUGAGUGGCUUCUUUAAUUAUAGGCUUGCCUGUUACACAGCUCUAACCUACAUAUUAUGGUGAGUGUUUUUGUAGAUAGCUUAGAGAAAAAUGGAUACAUAAGAUAACAGCAGGCCUGAAAUCAUUACAUGUUCACUCAACAAAAGAGAAAGUUCUUUGAAGGAGUUUUUCUGGAGUGACGAGUGGGCACCUCCUCGGGUUGCGGGAGAGAAUUGUUUUAUCCUUAAGCAUCAGCAUUGGUCUGGUAACCUGCAAGGCAGUGAGUGCUGUGCUUUGAGUUAGCCUGCUCCACGCAGUUUACACUGGCUUAGGCACUCCAAGGUGCUUCAUUUCUGUAGGAUGUAGUUCCACCUUUUUCCUAACAGUUGCAAAUCUGUUGCCUUGAAGUUAACCCUCUUGUAUCAGGAAGCUUUUGACAGAAUUGUAAUUUAGAUGAUGUAAUAAGUAUACAGAAUAUCCCAAGGAGAAACUUGCUUCUUCGGCACACGUAAGGGUGGCUUCUUAGGUCCAUCAAAGCAUCAUGAUUUUAGGGAGAAGAAGGGACUUUCAAGGGCAAAUAAUUGAUUGGAAAUAAGAUCAAAUAGACUGUUUCCAGUGCAGAUUUUUACUAUUUUUGUAAGUCUAUGUGUGCUAACACCCACAGCAAUGAUGCUAUUUUUGUAACUGCCACUUUGCACCCGGGAAAGUUUGAUGGAUUUGUGUAAUCUAAUAUGUGCACUUUAUAUCUUCAGAUGUGUGUCGUGCAUAAAUUACUGUACAAUGUAAGCAGUGUAGGGCUGUAUGACUUAAACCAAAAAUGAUAUUUGAUUCAGUACAUUUAGUGUUAAAAAACUUCUCAAAAAUUUAUCAAUAGUACAGAUGUUUGGCACUUCUUUAGCAUCCGAAAGUGUCAGAAUGCUCCACACACAUUUAUCUUUGCAUGGAUUUUGGCUGAAUUUGUAAAUCCACUUCAGCAAGAUAUCAGCAGAGUUUGGUAGCAUACUUAUAGGAAUUUCUACCAUCUACUUUAUUCCAGUGUCUUUUUAAUGAAACAAAGAUGGGGUUUUUUUUUCGCCUUCCCCUUUCUUUUCCUAUACAUUAUUUGUCAAAACAAAUUAAGCUGUUGUCGUGGUUUGACAUGGAGCUGUUUCUGGUAAGGGGGAAGGGGCUGUAAAGAUGGCUUCUGUGAGAAGUUGCUCGCGACUCUCCCCAGCUCUGAGCCAGACCCACUGCUGGGGCUGAGCCAAUUAGACGCCUCCACAAUCACUUUUUCAGAAGCAGCCGGAAGAGGAGGUUUCUUCCUUCCAUCUUUACAGCCCCUUCCCCCUUAACAGAAAUGGCUACCAUGUCAAACCAUGACAGCUAUGUUAAGGAAAGAAUUAAACUUACCUGUAUAUUCAAAGUAGCAAAGGUGGUCUCCAAGUUGUAGAGAAGGUAAUAACAUGACAGACUCUUCUAAUGCAGUUCCCUUGAAAUAACGCUAUAAUUAGGCUGUUGGCUAUGCUUAUUAAACAAAUAAUGGUGUGGAGUGCAUUUUUAGUUUCCUGUGAUGGCUUUCAUACCAGAUGACUCCAGUUUACAAGCCAAAAAUCAUAUGUGAGAAUCAAGAAUAUUUUGUCUUCAACACCUGAUUUUUGCUCUGCAGUGCGACCCAAUCUGUCCUCUACCUGUAUCAUCAUUGGGAUAUACAGAGCUCCACAAAAGGCCACAGCCACACAGUGUGUCAGUUUUAUGAAAGCAUUAACCAAACCCAGCAGGUGUUUCUUUGGCUGCUCUGGGAUGUGAGCAAAGCCACCAAAAGCCUCCCCAUGCCUCAUAAACCUCUCACCUCACUGGUCCCUGACAGGCCUUUUGGGAUCCCAGUUUUCUUGAUCUCCCAUAAAGCCCUGGAGGUGUUUGCAGUAAAAUAAUGUUGCUGCUUUUGAUGGAGGGCAAAGGUAAGAACUGGGCCUGACCUUCUGGAUUUUACCAGGCUGUUGUAUUUCCCACGUUGACUUGGAUGGGUAAAUGGCCCAAGAGAAGAAUGGUGAGGAUGGGCUUUUGGCUUGCUUAAAAAUGCAGAGUGAGCUGGGACCAAGAUGGGAUGUCCAACUGCCAACUCCCUUUCUUUUCCCUCAGCAGUGGGGAAAAAAUGGAAGGGGGAAUCAGUGGAGGAAAACUUGUGAUCUAGCCAUUUUUAUGAUGAUCACAGCACUAGUUCCUUGGAGUAGCAAGUGCCCCAAGGUAUGGUAUGUAGGUGUGCUGCAUCCCCAGCCGGCUGCGUGCUGCCCGGGGUGGAGCUCGUUCCCUGUAGGUAGGAAGGGCUUCAGGAGGUGAGGUCUGGCAAAACUCCUUGUCACACAGUCAUGCUUUUGACUGGACAGUUGUUGAUCGUUCCAAAGGAUAUGUGAGAUGUUGAUUCCCUUUCCUCUGGAUUUUAAAGUAGUUAUUCUGGUAUUAAGUAUCUAAUGCAAUACUGAUGUAUAUUGCUUUCAGCAGUAACAGUAAAUUCAUAGUGUGCAUGUAGCUGUUAAGUAUUCAGCAGUGUUACUGGGUGUCUUUAGUACUGUAGUUUCUUUUUCUGUAAUCAGACAGCUUUUACAGGUUUUUAAUAAGACAUCUAACUAGACAGAGGUUUUAGCUACAGUCCUAGGUAGAACAUUGAGGUAGAAAAAUAAGUUUGUUUAGUACUUUUCACAGCCCUUAAGAUGCACUGGUAGGAAUCUGGAGGAGAGACCUUUCCCUUUUUCCCCAGGCUUCAACUUAGUGUACACUGUAAAAUCUGCACAGAUAUUUCUGAUGUGUGAAGAUUUAAUUUGAAAACUUUAGAACCAACAACCUUCUUUAAACAUUUUAUAUUGUGUGCCAAAUACUCAUAUGCCUUUUAAAGUCAGAUAUAGUCCACUGCAUUUCUUGCUUUUGCACUACUGAAGAAGUUUUGUACUGAAUACUAGGAGUCAAUGCUACUUACACUUCAAGUGUGAACUGAUGAGAUUUGAACCGAAAAUAUUUUCACAGUGAUAGAAAACUGCAUUUUCCCUUCUGAAAAAACAAAGCUGAGCGCAAACGCCUGUGCCAAAACUCUUGUGCUAUAAGCUGAGUAUAUCAUUUGUGUGGAACAUGCAACGUUACACUCCUGUGUGGUAAAACCUUGCAGCGUCAGUUAUUCUCUUUAUUGCACUUGACAUAUGAUGUCUUGUUUUAUUCACACUGUAGAUUUGAUUUUCCAGUGUAAAACCAAAGCAAACAAACAAAAAAGAAACCAUGCAAUGUAUUCAAUUUCCUCAAUUGGUGUCAUAAACUUUCUUUUGAUGUGAACUUUUUCCUUUGCUUCUCUUUGUUUCAAACUUCUAUUUUGCAAUAAACAUUUUGACAGUAAAUUUUAUGCAUCUGUGUCCCUGUGUAAAAUGCUGGUGUUUCAAGAGGUUCCUUAUUAUGCAUCUGUGUCCCUGUGUAAAAUGCUGGUGUUUCAAGAGGUUCCUUAUUGUCUGCUGGUUUAAGUCACUUUUUGUAUUACUUGCUGUGUGAUGUUUCUCC